CUAUGUCACGUGACCUACGCGAAUUACACUCUGGCGGUUGAUGGCGGUAAGUAGUUAGGAGAAGGGUUAGUUUGUCAUAUUGAGGUGUCUUGCUAAAGCUUACACUUCGGUUAAAUGUUGGUGCGGAUUAACGAUUUACUGGUUGUCAUCUGAGUUGUAACUGGACAGAAGAAACUUUGUAAGAUAAUUUCAUCUAAACUACAUUAACUGGCAGUGUCUGUGGUUGCAGUCUGAAAUGGCCUCUGCCUCCAAAGGCAAAAGAAAUGGAAGUGUUCUACAUGAUUCACAAACUUCCUAUGGUAAGAAGAGGCGAAAACUGUAUAGUGGUACAUGCAGUGAGAGUGAAGAUAGCAGAGGGCCAUUUUGUGCAAGUACUGGAAAUUUUAAAUUUUCCGAACCAUCAAUGUCCAAGAUUUAUAACAGCUCUUUCAGAAAUAAUAAACCAGCAGAGCUGUUUCGAAAAGAUCUCAUCAGUGCAAUGAAGUUAUCAGACAGUGAUCAACUUUUUCCAGAAGACUUCUGGUUCAUAUCAGACCCUUGGAAACAAGAGUGGGAGAAAGGCGUUCAGGUACCCGUUAACCCGGACAGCCUUCCGGAAACUUCUGUAAGGGUGCUGAGGAAAAAGGAAAAAGGGCUCAAUUUUAAACUACCAAAAAAGUUCAUCAGGUGUUCACAUGAUCAUUUUUUCUCCAACGACCUUCACAUUCUAACCAAUGUUGCUGCUCAGGCUGAUAAGGUUUGUCGCUAUGACUUGGACAGUCUCGAUGUUCAGUGGCUGAAAAGGUUAAAUGACGAACUGGAUGAAUUAGGACAACCUCAAGUAGAGGAAGAAAAAAUGGAAUACAUCAUCGAAGACUUAGAAACCCAGUGCUUUACAAACCUUCAAGAAGCUAUUAAAAGUAAAGAAGGACUGGAUAUUGAGUAUGAUGAAGAUGUUAUCUGUGAUGUUUGUAGAUCUCCUGACUCGGAAGAAGGAAAUGAGAUGGUGUUUUGUGAUUCGUGUAACGUCUGUGUGCAUCAAGCAUGCUAUGGAAUAACCAAAAUUCCUGAAGGUAGCUGGCUUUGUAAAACGUGCACUCACAACGUUGGGCCAUCAUGUCUUCUUUGUCCUAAUAAGGGAGGGGCUAUGAAGAACACAAGUGUUUUUUGUAGUGAUCAAAAAUGGGCCCACGUUAGUUGUGCUCUCUGGAUUCCAGAGGUCAGGUUCAGAGAUGUUGUAAAGAUGGAACCACUCUCCAAUAUAUCAGACAUCCCAUCCAGAAGAUGGUCCUUAGUGUGUACCUUUUGUCAAGAAAGAAAAGGUUGCUGCAUUCAGUGCUCAGUCAAAACCUGUAAAACUGCCUACCAUGUUACCUGUGCCUUCAAAAACAAUCUUGAUAUGAAAGCAAUUGUUGGAGGUGACAGAAAUGAUGAUGAAGUGAAGUUAAGAUCUUAUUGUAAGAAGCACAGUCGGAAGAAGGGAAGUAAUCAUUCUUCAGAUUCAGAAAAUGACAGUCCAAGAAAGAAGAAGAAUGAAAAGAAACAAAAGCCAAGAAAAGAAUUUGAAAUGUCAUGUGAAGAGUGGGAAAAUGCAAGAGAAAAAAAGAUCAAACAGAUAUCAUCAGAAUUUUAUAAUUAUGUGAAUACAAAGGAAACGGCAGAACUCCUACAAGUUGAUCCAACUGUUGUGGAUUUUGUUUAUCAGUACUGGAAACUAAAAAGAAAGGCUCAGUUCGAUAAGCCAUUACUAACUCCAAAAGAAGAAGAGUCGGACCUUUUUGGAAAAGAGCAAGAAGACAGCUUGUAUGCAUGUAUGAAAAUGUUUGUUCAGCUGCGACAAGACAUAGAGCGGGUGAGAAACUUGUGCUAUAUGGUGAAUAGACGGGAAAAACUCUUCCGUUCUUGGUUGAAAGUAAAGGAAGAAAUAUUCCAGACCCAAGUUAAAACUUUAGCUGAUGAUACCCUCAGUCUUACAGACCAAGAUAUUGAAGAUGUGAUAGUAGCCAGUCAAGGGUCUACAAUUUAUGAUAAGUUUUACUCUAAAGAUAGUGAAUUUGUACCUUCUUCAAUGUCUGUGCUGCCAAAUCUCAGUCCAACUGAUUGUGAUUCUGUUGAGAGACUGUUAAAGGAGAAAAAGGAAACUUCGUCUGUUGAAAGGCUUACGAACCAAUUUGCAAGACAGAGCAACAAGAGAACCCAUUAUCAAAAGAUGUUAUCACUACUAACUGAAAGUAAAGAUCAUGAGACAUCAUCUGAAGCUAUACCUCUCGACUAUAACACCCAAAGUGAAAGAAAAGAGGGAGUGGAAGACACUUGUACAACAGUUAAUUUAAAACCUUUUUACAAAGCUCAGGAUUCUGUGACACUUUCAGUGCAUACCAGUACAUCCAUUGAUAAGUCUUUAUCAGACUCUCUCUUUUUUGAGAAUGUUGAAAGAUCUGUAGAAGAAGUGAGCACAAAAGAAGUUUCAAAAGAUUGUAAGGAAGAACUGGGUGCUGAAUCAGAGGCUAAAUUUUCUGUGAUAGAAAUAAAUGAUGAUUCGGGGCUAAAAGUUCCAACAAAAGAAUCUUAUGGUGAAUCUAAGGCAAAUGAACUUGGUCAGGCACCUGCAGAAAUCAUCCUGAAAACUGUGUCUGAAUGUGAGACAUCUGUACUGGAUACAUUAGAAAAUGUACAAGAACCAAGGGAGAGGGAUAACGUUAACCCAUCAUUAUCAGAGUUAAGAUUUACAAAACCAAAGCAUGUAGAUAAAUCAGCAGACCUUUUGCCUGUGAUACAAAAUGAUCUUAAAGACACUAUACCUGACAUUGAAAAUAUAAAAUGUAAUGACAGGUUUUCUUCUUCAGAAGUGAAAAAGGAAGUUGAUAUAAUGCAUGAACAAACUGAACACCUACUAAAGUCACCAUCUUCGAAAUUGAAAGGUUCAGAAAAAAUACCACUAGCUGCAAAAAACUCUCAAAAAUUACCACUUUCAGGAAAAAUACCCAAAAAAGAUGUUAAGUUACAUUUACAAAACCAAGCUACAUUAUAUCAAUCACCUGAGAAAGAAAAGUUACGCGAGGAAAGUGCAAAGAUUUGUGAAUCCAUAUUUUCGAAUUCAGCUACUUCUAGAGGGUCAUUAAGUGGAUAUCGAAUACCUAAGAAGACUAAAUCAGGAAGCAGUAUCUUGGAAAACACAAGAAGUAACUCACCAUUAUCACCUUUAUCAGAAGUUUCCACAACAGGAAAAGAGUCAUUUUUGGCAAAUGUUGGUUUUCGACAGAUUAGAACAUCUUUAAAUUGGGAUAGUAACCAAGAGGUAAAUAGUCAUUCUAAGCUGUUGAAUGGUGAGAUGAAAGGCCAGUCAAGGAGACUAGUCAUUAAACUACGCAAGGAUCCAAACUAUCCGGAUUCUCAUCGGUGGAAGAGAGACUCUGCUUAUAAUGAAAGAACUGAUGCCUUCAAAGUUGUACAAAAUGACUGGCAAUCACCCCCUAAAAGAACUGAUCGCCAUCUACGUUCUGACCGAAAAACUCCAUUUUCUGAUCCUCCAUGGGUAGCCAUUGAAGACUGUGGUAGUAAAGAAAAUGGUGCAAAUAGUAAAUAUUCAGUUAAGAUUAGGAAUUCAACUUGUAUGCAAACCAGAUAUAAGAGUUAGCUAACUUAGGUUCUUGUUACUUAAAAGUUGAUGGGAACUCUGACAUCCAGAAUAGGUAUCUUAAUACAUAUUAUCAUACAUUUCUAUCUCCAGGUAUAAUUGCAUUUGUAAAUAUCUGCAUUGCUUUUAAAGCAGCUGUUAAUAUAUGUUCCAUCUUGUUUUAUUUCUAUUGUGAAAGUGAAAAUUAAUGAAUUAUAUAUAGAUAUAUAUAUAUAUAUAAAAGGGUUAAAUAUCUGCUGUUAUAUUUUCCAGCUAUAUUGGUUAUAAAGAUUUUUCCCUAUGUGAUAUAUUGUAUUAUAAAAGUGUAAACAAGUACACUAAUCCUGGCCUGUUUAGAAUGCUGUUGUAAUUAAUAUUCAUUUGAGCUGAAUAUGACCUGUAAAGCAAGUUUUUUUUUUCUGCUUUUGAACAACUUUCAGUGUUCAGUUAAUAGUUGGAAUGGAAUUCGAAACAGUAUAUUGUUUGGGUUACUGCUUAUUUUCCUUUUAUUUUCUGUUUUUUUGGUUUUUUUACAUAACCCAUCUGUACAAAUAUGGUUUACAAAGCAGAGUUUGACCAACUUUAUGUUACUACUUCGAAGUUUUGAAAUGUAUAGCCUUUUAGAAGCACCAGUAAGGGAUUAUAAAGUACAUUCUUUAUAACAAGAAGAUUUGAAAAAUUUUGUGAAGAACAAGAUUUAUUUGAACUAGAUUUUUUUUUUCUUAAAAUGAUGUUUAACUUAAUAAAAUCUAAUAGAUUAAAUAGCUAGUCAACCUUUUUUUUUUUCUAUAAGGGGUAAAUAAUAGUUGUUUCAGUGAAACUAGGUUCAUUUUGUUUGGCAUUUAAAAAGCAGUCUUGUCGAGUAUCAUCUGGUGGGGAAGUGUAUAUCUUUAUGUGAAAAGAUAAUUAUAAAUUAACAGCCAAGUUUAUUCAAAUAGCUUGUACUACUUAGUUUCGUUUAUUUAGAUGAUUUCAGUGUAUCAUAUUUUCCUCAGUCUAUAAUUAUGUUUGCUUAUCAACUUUCUUGAACAUUUUUUUAGUACAUAGUCUACAAACUUGUAAAUUAAAUUUAUUUCUUUUAAUGGAGUUAACACAGAUUUGUUUGUGAUACUUAAAAAAAAAGAGCUAAUUAUUACAUGCAGACAUAGUUGAGAUGAAACUUGAUGAUUUUGUUAUUACCAUAUAAAAAGUUACUUAAUGCCAACUUGAACAAGCUGAUGCUCAUGAUAAAAACUACUAGCGAACACCAUAUACAUUACCUGAGUUUAUUACAAAAGUAUGAGUUUAUAUCUCAUUUAUUGCAAAAGCUACUACUGAAAGCUGUGACGUGAAUUUAUAUUUUUGAGACAUUAUGUUAGAUAUAAUAUUUGGUCUUCUCUGACUUGUACCAAAGUUCUAACAACUUAAGUUGUAUUUCAGGAUCUGAUCAUACAAUACAAAUCUCAUAAUUCUGCUGUAAAAAAUUAUUUGUUUAAAUUAAAAUGUUUUGAAUGGUAUGGUGUAAUUUGCUUCCAGGAUUUACUGAUGUUGAGUAGUGAAUACGUAAGAGGAGUAUUUUUGUUGAAAGUGUUUAUAUGCUAGAGUAUAUAUAAUUUGCAUGUUAAUUUUUACUUCUAAAAAAAGGUGUAAUUUUCCAUGCAGUUACCCAUUGAAAACAAAAAUGUGAUUACUGUUGUUGUAAUGGACCCCUAUAACUUGCAUUUGCAAGUUAAACCAUUGAAGAAAAAUAGGACAUUUCAAAUGCGUUUUAAAUUUUAGAAAACCAAAUUGACCAUUUUUGAUUGUAUAUAAUACCUUCGGUUGGUCGACAUUGUAAAAAAAAACUGAACUAUUUUAAUGUCAACCACGAUAAUUGAUAUUACUAUCAAAUGUUUAAAAAAAGGUAUUUUUGUUGAUUAUGUGUAAAAAAACCAUAAAGUAAAUAUUAAAGGUGUCACUACUGUCACUUGAAAGAUGUGUAUCAUGUCUUCAAAUUUCUACAUCUGUCAUCACUGUCACUUCAAAGACGUAUACUGUCACUACAGUUAAUUAUGACUGUCACCACUAUCCUCCAAAAAUUCAGUCUGUUACAUCAAAAACGUAUUGCCACUAUAAAAUACUUUAUUUUGUCACUACAGAUAUUUACUACUUUUACCACAUUGUUACUUUAAUAACAUUGUGAGUGCUUGAGUGAAAACCCCGUGGGGUAAGGUUGGGGGUGCCAACAAAGCAACAUUUUUCAUUUCAUUGUUAUAAAUAGUCCAAAUUUUAAUUUUACAUAAACGAGUCAUAUCUCUUAAUAAACUACACUUGUUACAUUAGUUACUGAUUUUUCCUGUUUAAAUCAAGAGACUAUCCUUUAACUUGUAUUAACGUGCUAAGGUGUUAUAGUAUUUUCAGAUAAUGCUGAUUUCCCAGAAGUGACAACAUAAGUUUGAAUAACUAGAGAUUCUUUAAGAUAUUUACUACAAAAUAAUUCUGUAUCCUUUGAUAAAGAAAGAUUUAAAAAUCUGAAUAAAC